AUAUGUCCACCGUAUAUUACUAACUAUGACGGAAAGAAAAAAGAAGAAAAGAUCAGAGAGCCGCCGAAACAACAAACCACGCACUGGCCCGCGCUUCGCACGUCGCCAGAGGAACAGCCCCGCCACCGUCCCCUUUGUUGUUGGUUUAAUUCGUUGAUUUGUUUUAAUUCGUCGUCAAUUAAUCAAGGUAACAUGCUAGGAAUGACAAAUAAGGAACCAAUCCUAGAGGGCAGCGAGGAUAAAGAGAUGGAUGGAUACUUGCUGCAUGGGUUUAUUUAAUUUGAUAUUAUAUUUUAAUUUAUUAUGUUUUUGGGAAAGAACCCAAGCUACCCUAAUCUCCCUUCUGCUCAAGUAAUUCCAAAAAGCAAAUCAACCAUAUCUUAAACAAAUCUAACCUCUUUUAAUUUCCAGGUGAGAGAAAUUAAAGAGAGUUGAGAUUCUUUCUUUCUAAUAUUUCUUUUUGUUAUCUCGAAACCCUAAAAGCAGAUCAAGUCGUCGUCAACGUGGUGUUUGAUAUGUCUGAUGAGAACCCAUUUCAUGAUUUCCAUAACCAGAUGGGAAAUGGAAGGAUCAACACGUUUCCCUUCUUCGGCGACGACGAUCGUCAUCCGGAAGAAUUCGGCGAGCCUCCCUCGUACGUGAGCUUCACGGAGAGCUUGCAGGGUUCCAUGGACUAUAACUCCCUCUCAAACGCUUUCGGCAUGUCGUGUUCUUCGCCUGAGGUCGGCGGCCCUCCCCCGGAUCAUUUCCACCAUCAUCAAGAGUCUUCUCGGAAGAGCAGUGUUUCCGGGGGAGAGCCGCCGCCGAUUGGCGCCGGAGAGAAUAUUCCGUUCCCGGCAAACUCGUCGGCCUCCUCCUACUCCAGCGAGGCUGAGGGCGGAGGAGGAGGAGGAGACGACGAUUCUUCAAAGAGCAAGAAAGAUCUGCAGCCUAAAGGCUGUGAAGAUGGAGAUAAUGAGAAGUCUGCAAAAAUACACAAAGGGGCGUCGACGAAGAAGAAAGGUGGGAAAAGACAAAAACAACCCAGAUUCUCCUUCUUGACGAAAAGCGAAAUUGAUAAUCUUGAAGAUGGAUAUAGGUGGAGAAAAUAUGGCCAAAAAGCUGUCAAGAACAGCCCUUUCCCCAGGAGUUAUUACAGGUGCACUAGCCAAAAGUGCACGGUGAAGAAGCGGGUGGAGAGGUCGUACGAAGAUCCGACGGUGGUGGUGACCACCUACGAGGGGCAGCACAACCACCACUGCCCGGCGACCCUGCGGGGCAACGCGGUGGCCCUCUUAUCUCCCGCCUCAUUCUUGGCGUCAUCGUCUCCCGCUGCUGCAGCGCUGAUGCCUCACUUUCCUCACGAACUUCUGAUGAAUCCAAUGAUGGCGGGCCCCAAUUUCGGGAACCACCCUAACUAUUCAAUUUAUGAUGAUGAUGGCCCAGCAGCCCUCUAUGGAUCACUACACUUUGUUCCAGGACGUGGGGGUCCUUAAAAAUGAGCACCAAUGAUCGAUGCAUGGAUCUAAUAAUGCUUGAGGAAUUUGAUCCUCUCUACUAGCUUGGAGGAUGGGAUCGGAGCUGGACUAUGACCAUACUACUAUACAUACAAUGGGGAUAUUGAAAUUCUAGUCGAGCAUGUGAUCCAUAGCGUGGAACGAAGAUAUUUUGUGACGUUUGUGGCACUUGCAUAAUGUAUCUCAUCAUGGUUCUAAUUAUUAAAUUUAGAUUAUUGGA